AUGUUAAUUCACCCAGUAAAUGCUGCCGUUAACCGUAAUCAUCCAAGAUCAAGUGAGUGUACGGGAACAUCUUAUAUGCCAAAUAAUUCUUGUUCAAAAUCAUCCAUGUGUACAUCGUGUAUCAUGCUUAACCCCGAACUGCCAUCCUUGUCCACUUUAUCAGCUUUCCCAAUAUGUUGUCUGAAAUCUUCCAGUGAUUGUAAUCCAUCAAGUCAAUCUACUUUCACUCCUAAAAAUGCUGAUAUUCAACGAUGUUUUGUACAACAUUCAAUCACUAAUAAUAACAAUAAUUGUUAUUCACCCUUACCAUCAUUACGAUGUACAGAUGAUUCCUCAGUUGCUGUAGAUCAAAGAUUAUUUACUCCAUUGAGCACAUUUGAUUUGUCAAGAGUGUGUAACGAUAAAUAUACUUCGAGGCCAUGUCAUCAAAAUAAUUUAUCCACAUAUUAUCAUUCAGCAAUGAUCGAACCCAAAACGACCUUAAACAAAUCCGUUGUUGAUCCUUAUUAUCAGUGCAGUUAUUUAAACUAUCUAAGUUCCCUUCAAAUUCCACCGGUGUUUCCCGCGGCAAGAAAUGCUCUUUAUACUCGAUAUACGCCAAAAGAUUGGUAUAAUUUUGAACGUUUGCAAUAUGAAGUAGUGGAUAAAACACUUAUUGUAUCAAAAAAAUUAGCAGAAGAAAGUGAACGUUUAGCACAAGAAUAUGACGAACAGGCGUGGAAAGAUCAAUUUGAUUCAACAAAAGAGAUAUCAUGUGUAAUACAAGAAGUUAAUUUUUGGAAAAAUGAAUUAAAAAAAUUAUGUAAAAAAUUAAUAAAUAAAAUAAAUGAACUGAUAUUAAAACGUGCAGAUAUUGAACGUGGUCUAGAUGACUUACUACCACGUAUUAAAAUUAUACAAGAAAAUUUAUAUGAGCGUGAAAAAAGACAAAAUAUUGAUUUAGUUCAUGAUAAUGUGGAACGAGAGCUAUUGAAAUUACAUGAUAUUUUAAUUGAUGCACAAAAAUCAGCUGACAGUGGAAUGUUUAAAAAACUCGAUGUACAAAUCGCCAUGAAUCGGGCGACACUUGAUGAACUAGAAUUGGAUGCUAACGAUAAAUUUCGUGCGUUGAUAUUAGAAAAUGCGGCACAUAAUUUGAUUAAUACUUCACCACAAAUCUAUUUUUAUCAGGGAACUGAUAAUACUGUGAAAAGUGAUCUAUGCUAUUUUGACUGGCUCAAACGAAUAAAAGAAAAUAUCAAACGUGCCCGUUGUGAAAUAAUACAGUCGGAUGAAUUGUUACGUACACAAACAAAUAUACUGAGAAUGGAACAAGAUAUUUUUAAUCAAUGGGAAACGGUUGGUUCAGCACUCGAACAACGUAUUCAGGAAAUUAAAGAUGCUCGAAAUCGUCUACAAGAUCGUUUUGAUUGUAUUCUUCAUGAAAUAUAUAAUACGGGAAAAACCAUAAAAUUUCUAAAAAAAUCGAUACAGGAUAAAGAAACUUAUACUAAAGUGACUCAAACGCGUAUGUCAUUGUUAUCAAUGCGUCCCGUAUCGGAAAAUAUCAACGAUAGAGAAUAUCCAAAAUUAUUACGGGAAUUAAAUGAUCUUCAAUGUACAGUGAAUAAAUUGAAACAACAACAAUGUCAAGAAGAAAAUACUCUUCAAUAUUUAUUGAGCUUAAAAGCAACGAUUGAAAAUGAUCUAGCUAUUAAAAGUAAUUCAUUGUAUAUCGAUGAACAUAAAGUAGUCGGAUUAAGACGAACGUUUCCACCAUCAUCAUCGUCAAAACCGACUUUACAAAAUGUGCCUUGUAUAUAUUCGGGAUCAGCUAAGCAUCUUUACAAUACACUAUCUGAUCGUUAUCAACAGCAUUCAACGCUUGAUCACAUUAAUAGAUCAGAUCCCAUACACUUUCUUUGCGAAUCUUGA